AUGAGGAAGAAGCUGGACACGCGCUUCCCCGCUCCUCGGAUUAAGAAGAUCAUGCAAGCAGAUGAAGAUGUGGGCAAGAUUGCUUUAGCUGUACCUGUUCUAGUGUGCGUUCUCUUUGGAAAACUUAGGAAGCAGUGCAUACAAAUGUACAACGUCUAUGACUUCUUGACUGAAGUAGUCAGCAAAGAUCCAGACAUUGGUCCUUCUGAUGUUAUUGCUGAUGAUAAGCUUGGCAAAAGGAGGAGGCAGAAAGCUAUACAAGCAAUGGCAGAGGCCGUGGGCCGCCGUGGACGUGGAGCUUGGUGGGAGGUUUUCACAACUCAUGAACAAUUCGUGGAGAACCAAUCUAGCAAGCUUGCCAGCCUAAAGGUGGAGGUAGCAGAUGAGAUCCCGAAUGCAACUGAAGCAAAAGCGGCUACUACACCAGUGAGCAAUGCCAGGGCUUCCUUAAGGAACAUUGACUUGAAUUUGGAUCCAACUGAUGAAGAGGAUGAGGUUACAGUGCCACCCCAAGCCCAGCUGCCAGCUCCAGCAACUAGUUCCGUCGCAGCCACUGCAGGACCUGGACCAUCUGUUCCACGGUCAAAGGAAGGAGCAAAACUCAAGGACUUUCUUGGUGCUUGGGAACUGCCUGACAUGAACAAGAUGGAGAUGGAUCCUAUCCAGUUUGCUUUGUGA